AUAUUUUAGCAAUGAAAAUGAUUUUCGGUUCAUAUUUUUAUAUGCUACUCGAAUUAUUCUUUGUUCGGUUAUUCGUAUUCAUAAUUUUUAUUUAUAUUUUUCUUUUGUCUAUCCGAGGCCAACCUCCGAUCAACUAACAUAUUUUUUUUUCUUAUAGUAGUUGUUUUUUAUUUGUUUUUUUUUAUUUGUUGUUGUUAUUAAUAUUUUUUUGUUCAAAAUAUUUUCCGUUGAGUUCGAUGAAAUAAAAAAUGUCAAACAGCCAACAAGAAUAUCAUAUGAUUAAUGAAGAUUCUUUACGUUCAUCAAAUGUUGUCAAUGACAAUCAUCAGGAUUUUUUUCACAAUUAUCUUGAUUCAUCACCAUCAACAACAACAACAACAACAGCCAUUGUAGCCGCUGCAUCACAAUCAACAACAGUGAAUAAUAAUAAUUUUCAAUCACAAAGAAAUUCACAAACACCUACAAUUAUGUUGAUGAACAACAAAGCCAAAUCAUUCGAUCAAUGUGAUCUUGAUCGUCAACGUGCACAACAUCAUGCAGCUAUUGAUAAGAAAAAAGAAUUUUUUCUCAAAAAUGAAAAUAUAGUACAGAUUUUUGAUAAAAUGUUUUCAAAUACUGAUGAUAAUAACAAUAAUAAUGAUUCAUUAAUGGUAAACACUAAAAUCGUUCCUAAUAAUCAUUUAACACAGGAAAAAGUGGCUAUGAAAUAUCGAAAUAUUGGAAAAAAUGGUCUUCGUGUUCCGAUUCUAGCUUUUUCAGCAUGGAAUAGUUUUAGUCAUGUUUCUGAAAAUAUUGCAGAGAAUAUAAUUUCUGUAGCACUUGAAAAUGGUAUUAAUUACUUUGAUACCGGUGAUGCAUUCGAAAAUGGUCGAGCCGAAAUAUUAUUGGGUAAUGUGCUGAAAAGAAGUCAAUGGCCUCGAAAUUCGUAUAUUAUAUCGACAAAAAUAUUCUGGAAGACUGGACCAUCAGCCCAUAUGGGCGCCGGAUUAUCACGAAAAUUUAUUAUUGAAGCAGUAGAAGAAUCACUUCGACGAUUACAAAUGAAAUAUAUUGACAUUGUUAUUAUUCAUAAAUUGGAUGCGAUGUGUCCAAUGGAAGAGAUCGUUCGAACAAUGUCGUAUCUGAUCAAUCGUGGUCUCAUUCUUUAUUGGGGUACAUCAAGAUUUUCGACAAUGCAUAUUGCUGAAGCAUUUUCGAUUUCUAGACAAUUUAAUUGUCCACCAUCAAUCUGUGAACAAAUGGAAUAUCAUAUGUUUAAUCGAGAUAAAAUGGAAUUACAAAUGCUUGAAUUAUUUCAUAAAGCCGGUAUUGGCUGUAUUACAUGGUCACCUUUCUCAUUACAGAAUGAUGAAGGUAUAUCACAUAUCACUCGAAGACAACAGAACAAAGAAGAUAAGCUAAAAUUUAAAGAAUUACAAAAAUUGUGUGACAAACUGGAUUGCGAUCUUACACAACUUGCUUUAGGUAUAAUUAUUUAUUUAAUCUAUAAUUUUCCAAUGAAUUUAUAUUUUACCUUUAUUCUUUUCAAUACAACAGCUUGGUGUUUACAAAAUGAAAAUGUUAAUUGCAUUCUGGUUACGGCAACAACCGUUGCUGAACUUUAUCAAAAACUCAAUUCAAUCAAAAUAUAUCCAGUAUUAACUGAAAUUGUCAAUAAUGAAAUUGAACUAAUCCUGGAAAAUAAUCCGGUCAUAAAACGUCAACAUCCAAAAACUCCAUCCAUCACAAUCGAUGUGGUCAAUGUGGAACCGGAAUUUGUUUGAUUAGAUUUAGAAAAUUUUUUGUUUGUUUGUUUUUGUUUUUUAUAUCGAAUAAAACUUUAUUUCAAUUUUG